GGGAUGGGGUAGCUCUUAUAAAUGUAGCAAUAACACGUAGCCCAACGGAGGCAUUGCCAAUGGAUGUGAGUUUUCGAGAAGUAGUAUUAAAUUAAUAUUUGCUCAUAAUAGAAGGUUCAAGUCUCCUUCGUCUAACAAUGUAUCUAUUGAGGGGACACAGGCACUAUUGGCCAUGGCCAUGAAUUCGCAGACACUUCCAGCUGAUUCAACAUCUCCUGAAUAUUACCCGUGGACGUACCAAAAUCAGUGUUUUCCAGGAUUUCAAGGUGCUCCAUUUUGCUACAAGAAUGAUGAAGCACAGGUUGUGCCAAUGGCCAUAACAAACACACAGCCAGUUGACAUGACAGCCUCCCAGAUGCAAUAUGCCGGGCCCAUUUACGCACACGCUGUCCCACAAGGUGGCAUCCCUCGGAAGCAAUCAGAACGCAGCUUGAUGAAGAACAGGGAAGCUGCCCGUGAAUACAGGAGGAGGAAAAAGAUUUAUAUUCAAGAUCUUGAGAAGCGUGCGGAAAAGCUUGAAUCUGAAAACAUGGCUUUGAAAGAAGAGCUUAAUACAUGGAAAAUGGGUCGAAAGAAAUCUCAAUAAUUUUCAUUUUGUUAGGAAUUGCACAUAUUUGUCUGGAAAUGAGUUGGAUGUUUGUGGUGUUUAAGUGGUGUUGUGGUGUUGGUUUUUAAGAAUGAUAUUGAAAUGAUGUUGUGGAAGAAAAUACUUGCUAUAAUAGAAUACCUGCAAUAAAUAUUUUAAAGACAAAUGAGUGUUUUGUUCAUUACCUUAUCAAAGAAAAAUGAGAUAACAGAUUCAGUGGUUAGCAGUGUUAUCUGGACAAGAGGUCUUGGUUUGUAUGGUUACUACUAAAACAUUUUAUGGCUUGGCUCCUGGGCCUGGCUUUCCUGUCCUGUUGUAUCCCCUGCACAGCAUGCAAGGUCUGAUGCGUUGCAGCAACUUUAUACAAAUCAACAAUCCUUAAUUGCAGGUCUUUAGACAGCUCUUUUGACCCAGCCAUGAUGCACAUCAUACAAUGCUUCUCAUCAAGACAAAUCUUACCAGGUGUGUGUUUUAUACUGGGCAGGGCAGCUUUAAACCACUCAUCAUGUGAUUGAGCACACCUGAAAUUGUAUGGUAAAAAUUGGUUUCAAUUGCUAGUUUCCUUUGGCAGAGGUUUCACUUUUUUUUUUUU